AUCUGCUGAGCUCAGAGCAAAACAAAGUAAAAUUGAAGGUGUCAUACUCAUGGGUGGCUUGUUGUCUGGCAAGAAAGAAGACGAUAAAAGUGGAGGAGAGGGAGAGAGAGGGAAGAAUGCGGUCGUGAGGCCUCCCUUUAAGUGUAAUCCAUACGUACUCAAAAGAACCAGUUCACAGUAUUUUGAUGAAGAUGGAGAUUUAGCUCAUUCUUUUUAUGAAGAAUGUCGAGUAAUACCUGGAGAAGGUCCUAUUAGAAGGACAAUGAGACUAUUGAGCCACAAUGGGAUAAGACCACAGGGAGAAGUUGCCUUGUGUCACCCAAGACUUCAUGUGGACUUGCCUAUCAUAUUAAUGGAAAAUGCAGAUCUAUAGACCGAAUGCAAAACCUCUUGUAAAUAUUUAAUUGUUUUUUAUCAUUGAUUUUAUUAUUGUGAUCAUUAUUAAAAUAAUUUUUUCAA